CCGCCAUCUUGCUUUUCUCUUUGAUCCAGUCAUGUCGAAGGCGGCGAAAUCCAAAAAGGAACAUAAUGUUAUAACAGCAUUGAUAGAGAAAUAUAGAAAAUUGCCGUUUCUCUGGAAGAAGGAGCAUGAAGAGUAUUCGAAUAAAGCAGUAAGGGAAGAAGGAUACAAAGCGUUGCUUGAUAUUUAUCAAAAUUGGGAUGAAGAUAGUACUAUAACGACGCUUAAGAAAAAAAUUGAUAACUUACGCUCGAAUUACUUAAAGGAAUAUAAAAAGGUCAUAGCAUCACAACAACUAGGUGGUAAAGUUCAUGUGCCAACUUUGUGGUAUUACCAUUUACUAACUUUCCUGAACGACCGACGUAAUGAUGAUGAUGACGAGAAUGGUUUACAUUCACAGGACCCUUUAGAAGAUGAUCAAUCAUUGGACAAUGGGGAAACUAUCAUAAAAAUUGAAGUAGAGCAACCAUCUGACGACGAAACAAUUGAACCAAUCGUAAAAAAUGAACCCAGUCCCAGUACUCUAAACACUAGAAAAAGAAAACUAGGCAGACCACUAAUAGAAAGAUCACAUCCUUCAGAAUUAGCAAGAAGAUUCCUUCCUAAUUUUCAACGUAACGAAUCCUGGGAAGUCGCAUACGGUAAAUCAAUCGGGCAUCAAAUGAAGGAUCUAAAGGGAGAACAGUUGGUGAUCUGUCAGAAGCUAAUUUCUGAUGCUAUAUUUUUUGCCAAACUUAAUAAGUUGAAUGAAAAUUCACAAGUUGUGAAUCCUGACACGGAACCACAAUUUCUGGAACAUAGUUAUGUCUAA